AUGCCGAUUCCGGUCGCCAUCCUCACGGGGCGGAUUGGCGCCGACGCCCGUCCUCUGCGCGGCCGCGUGCCCAUCCCCCGCGCGAGGACCGGGAUCCGCGACGUAAACCCCCGGGGCGGAAUCGCGCCCGAGCCCCGCCGCGUCGACGGCACCGAUACCCGCAGACGCGCGACCGCGUUCGCCGCUGGAUCCGUCGAUGACCUCGACGCGGACGACGACGAGGACGACGAUCCGAAGAUGAGCAAGGAGGAGCUCAAGCGACGCGCCGUCAGAGCCAGCGCCCCUCGGGAAACCCCCGAGGCGACGCGCGCCAAAUCUUCGUCGGGCGCGGCAUCUCUCCUGCCCCAGCUGGUGGACGGAGCGGAGGUCUUCUUCCUCCUCACCGCGGGUGGCACGCGCGCGGCGAGCGCCUACGACAGCGCCCAGCGUCGCGCCGCGUACGUGGCCGCCAACCCGUCAGCUCCGCCGCCACCACCCGUCCCAAUCUCCGCGUGGGCCGCAGACGCAGCCCUCUUCGGCGCCGUCGCCGCCGGCGCCGUCAUCCGCCGGAGGUCCCCGCGCGCAGACUCUGAGCCAUCGGGCCCGGGCGCGGCGGUGCGCGCUCGUCGCACCGCGGAGGGCUACGCCCCCACCGGCGUCUUCGCGCGCGUCAAGAACCUCGAGAUGAGCCAGGACAGGAUAGCCGCGUCGGUUGAUCGGGCCAAUCGCGACUUGAGCCGAGUGUCCACUCGCGUUCGCGCCACGCGCCGGGAACUCUCCCCGUCGCUGCGUAAGGUGGAGGCGCGCACGGAGGAGCAGGCGCAGUACUCGGCGGCCAUGGAGCGGCGGCUCGCGACGCUCGGGGACGAGGUCAAGGCUGCGCAGGAGACGAUGAUGGCGCUCACGGAUAUGACGGCGAAGCAAUUCGGAGCGCUCUCCGCGGCGGUGAAGGAACUGAAGGAGGCGGGCGCGGCGGCGCCGUCCCCGCCACCGGCCGCGGCACCGUCGCCGUCGCCGCCGGUCGCCGGUCCGGUACCCGCGUCGUCGCCGGCGCAGCCCGUCGCGGCGCGCGCGACUGACGGGGGUCCCGACGGGGAAAGGCGACGGGAGCAGCGGCAGCCGCCGCCGCCGCCGCCGCCGAGGCCGCAACGCAAGCCUUGGUCCGGCGCGGGCUGGCCCGGCGCCGUGGAGCUCGCCGCGCAGGAGGCCGGCGGAUCGUUCCGAACCGACAGGGUGACGGACAAGGACGGUAACGUCACGGAAACGAGGCAGAUGAACGUGAACCGUCGCAGGUUGACGACGCUGCGGGUCGGCGGGCAGCAGCAGCCGCAGCCGGGGGCGCGGCGGGAGCCGGGGGCGCGGCGGGGCAAGCCGGCGCAGACGAUCGCCGGCACGUCGGCGGAGGAAGGGACGGGGUCUUCGGGAAGCGUCGGGGGUUCGUCGGGCGGGGGUUCGUCGGUCGGGGGGAGCGCGACUGCGUCGGAUGCGGGAGAGGGCGCCGGAGUGGAGGACGUCGAGUAG